AUGCGCCGGUCGUGGCGCCUCUCGUCACGGGGCCCGCCGUGGGGCGCGGGGAGGGUGCUGCUGGGAGCGGUGUGGGUGGCGGGAUGGGCGGGGCUGUGCGCGUGGGUGGUGUGGUUCGCGCACACGCAGGCCGCCAAUCCGCGGGAGGAGGCGAUGCGCGGGUGGUGCCACUUGCGCGUGCUCUACCUCUACCAGCGCCUGCUCUCGUUCGUCUCGCGCGUGCAGCAAAUGGCAGCACUCCUGCGUGUGUUCAACGGGUACGGCCCGCGCAGCAGCACCAACCUGACCUACUGGGGCGUGGCGGGAUGUGCCAAUAACGAGAGCCUGAUUCGAUACAAGGAUAAAACCGUCAGCAUGGGCUUGGACUACCUCACCCUAGGGUCAUUGCUCAUGCUCGUGCAGGAUAGCGAAAGAGCACUGGUCGAGCGCAUAACAGGCAUGGACAUCAAGUCACCUCUCGGGCUGCCUUCCCCUCGCAAGCCGCACUACGUCAUCAACUUUCUCCCCGGCUACGCUUACCUCGCCAAUCUCGAGGCUUUCAUCGAUUUCUCUGCCAUGGUCUCCCCGUCGCUGCUCUCCUCCAUUCUCGAUGGCAACUCUAUCUCGCUGCCGCCCGUCUUUUUCAGCAGCGACCUGCGUGUGGGCACUGUGAUGGUGGUGCCAAUAUUCCGCCAUCUCGUCCCCGAGAACGCAUCACGGGAGCAGCGGAGGGAGAGUGUGAGCCCCACUGCGUGGGCCGACUUCAGCUAUGUGGGCAACGAUCUACAAGACGUCCUUCACCUGCUGCAUAACGACAGCAGCGCCAGCUCCUAUUCAAUCGCUCUGUACGACACAACCGACCCACAGCAGCCCAUUCAGGUGCUCGGGCCAGAUCCAGUGAAGCUGGAGAGUGGGUCCCUCUUCCCCUACGUGCUGCCCGGCCCUGUGGUGCCUUUCCCCAAGCACAUCGAGCCGUUUCCUGAAGACUUGCUGGGCCGCAAAUACGAGGCACACUGCAGGUUUGAGGGCCCCUACCCCAAGUGGGACCUGGUGAUUGCCCCCAUGUUGCUGGGCCUGCUUGUGCUGCUGGUGGCCGUGCUGCUGUCCCUCGUGAUCGCCAUGCUGGCGUGGAAGUGGCGGCAGAUGGAGGAGGGAUUGAGAGAGAUGGAGCUGUGCACAGCAGCGUUGGAGAGAGCUGAGAAGUCCAAGAGCGAGACAGUGGCCAACACCUCGCAUGAGCUGCGCACGCCACUCACUGGCAUGAUAGGCAUGAUAGACGAAUUGCUGGAGUCAAGUUUGGAGGAGUGGCAGUGCGAAGACCUGAGGGUGGCGAGGGCGUGUGCGGGCGAGACGGUGGAGCUGAUCAACCGAGUGCUUGACCUCGCCAAGCUGCAGGCCGGCCGGCUGCAGCUCGAGACUCUCCCCUGCAUGUUGCGUGGCAUUGUUCACGACACGAUUGCACCUGUUGGAUCGGGCGCGCAAUCAGAUGACCCGCAAGUGACAUGCCGCGUGGACGAGGGUGUGCCGGAUGUGCUCAUGGGGGAUCCAACCCGCUUGGCGCAAGUUAUUGAAGAGCUCACGGCCCACGCCGUGAGCAACGCUGCUGGUGGGCGAGUGGCCUUCCACGUCUGCUGUGUCCCUCCCCCGCCUGCCCACCACGUCUCAGCAAGCCGCUUCUACCUCCCCUGUGCAGUUGCUACUGCCGCCGUUUCCCCUGCCUCACCACCUCCUCACGCCUCCUCCCGUGCCUCUCAUCACCUCCCCUCGAGCUCCCCCGCGUGGCACCAGCUGCCUGCUUGCGUGCGCCGCUUCCCGCCCUCCACCCAUCUGGCACGCCUCCCUCAGCGCCUCGUGGCAAGAGGCAGCAGGGGGGCGGGGCAGGUAGGGGGCUCAUCUGAGCCGCCUCACGAGUCGCCGCUCACCCGCCUCUCGCAUUUUCUCCAGCGCAUGGGCGCUUUAGGCACGGGGGGUUCAAAGGAAGCAGGUUGGGUGGAGGGGGAGGAGGCACAGGGUGGGAGUGGGCAUGGGCGGUUGGAGGACGAGGUGAGGGAGUGGGUGGACGGGGCGUGCGCGGCAAGAGAGGAGGGCGAGUGGAUGGUGGUGAUGGCUUGCGAGGACUCGGGCGGUGGUAUACCACCCGAGGAGUUGCGGUGGGUGCUGGACCCAUAUGGCGACUCCCACCACGCCGCUGCAGCGCACUCCUCUCAUGCCACUGUUGCGGGUUCAGCCGGCGGUGAUGGCAACGACAAGGAUGACAAUGACACCAAGGAUACUUUCUUCCCCCACCUCUUCAGUCGCCGGGGCAGCAGGGCAGCAGCAACGGCCACUCUCACGCACGACCAGAGGUCGGCUGCUCGCCCCCGCUGGACGCCCUACCCCGUCCGCUUCCUGCUCUCCACCGCGCUUGUGGCUGAGAUGCGGGGAGACAUGGCAGUGCUGUCAGAUGCCGCCACAGGCACCACCAUUCUGCUGGCGCUGCCCUUGAGGGGAGAGGAGGACAGCGGCAGCUUUGGGGAUUGGGGGGAAGAUGAGGAGAGUGGUGGAGAGGCGGACAGGGUAUUGCCAGCAGUGGCGGCAGCGGCAACCGAGGAGGGGGGGUUGCCAGCAGUGGUGGCCAUGGCAGCUGGGAUGGCGGCGGAGGGGAAGUCAGUGGCAGUGGCGGGAAGGGCGGGGUGUUUUGAGACGUCUCAAAACACGGCUGCGGCUUCGGCGGAGGAGGAGGAGGAGGAGGAGAAGGCAGUGGCAGUGGUGGGAAAGGCAGGGCUGCGGAUAGUACGGUCGCUCUCGCUCGCGGCGAUUGCGGCGGGGCGGGGGGCAGCAUGGUUGCAUUUGCUCCCGAAGCCCCGCUCCUACACGGAGGGCCUGGGAGACAUGGAAGGGGGGCAGGUUCGUGCAGUGGGGGUGUCGGGGAAGGCUGAGGGGUCUCAACCCGGGCUGCAUGCGCACGGGGAGGGUGCAGCAGGGGAUGCAGAGGGUGCGGCAUUGGCGGGGCGGGGGGUGGCGGUGGUGGAUGACAACGCGGUGAACCGCAUGGUGGCAAGGAGAACACUGCAGGGCUACGGGGCGCACGUGCUGCUGUUCCCCUCCGGGGAGGACGCGCUGCAGGCGCUCUCGAAUGCUACGCCCUCUGCCCCGCCCAUCCAGCUGCUGCUGCUUGAUCUCCACAUGCCACCCGGCAUCGACGGGUUUGAGACGGCUCGUCGGAUUCGAGCGAUGGAGAGCUCGCAGCACGCACGGCAGCAACAGAUCUACCAGUACGGCCGCGACGGGGAGGGUGGGCUCGACAUUCAACGACAGACAAUGCGGAAACACCAGCAUUCGAUCAAGCAUGAGGCGGCAGUGGACCGACAACAGCUACGAGACGGCAAGAAGGCGGCUCAGAAGACUAUUGUCGACUUCGAGAAGGGUGACGCGGAAGCCACCCGUUUGGCAAAACUGUUGGCAACAGUCGACGUGACACACGUGCUGCAGAUGGUGGACAACACCAGGCUCACGCUCCGCAACCGUUACCUGAGUGACACGGACGACUUCGGAGAUGGGAGCAACGAGCUGAGCUCCUUCUUGGCGAAGCAUGCGUCCUCGGAAAAGAGGGUGGUGAAGGUGACGGGCACCGACUCGACUGGGGCGCCAACCACGCAUGAGUACACCCUUUACGAGCAGAAGAUCAAAGGUCAGAAAUCUGGCGGGGGCUUGGACGACUGCAUCACACUGGCGAAGGGGCAUGUGAAGGAGCUGCUGAAGCGUCUGGAGAGCCGGAUGAAAGACUUGGGCUCUCUGGAGGGCGCCAAGCUGUUCACGCAGCGGCAGCGGCGGUUUUUACAGUGGCUGGAGGCUCUCCGCAAUCUGUUUAAGCGGAAACCGCAAGACCCUGACACUCUGCCAGGUACGUCUUUGAUUUCGCUUGUGCCUGAUUGUGGCGGAUAUGACGUUUCUGUCGCCAAUGCCCCGUUGAUUUCUUAG